AUGUAUGAAUGCCUUCCUCCCUUCAUCUGCAAAGGCAAUGUUUUUGCUGAGCCGGGGGCAAUCCUCUGCCGGAAAGCGGGCUCCUUCCAGCCAGUGGCAGCUAUCAAGCAGCUUGCGGCCCAGGAUGUAGGUGGUGACAGCAAAUCUGGCAUCCUUUCAAUGAGUGCUUGGUGGAGAUUGUGCACCCAAUUCGCCCUGUUCCGUGGUGGGUCCAUGGACGGAGAAUCCGGCGAAGGCGAUGGUUUGGACUCGAAGAUGUUGCGUGCGGUACCGAGUGCUGACAGCGUCGCGACACCUGAUUCUGAGUAA